CAAUUUGCCUGCCAAAGAGCCUCUUCAGCUCGAGCAUUUCAAGAUAAAACAGAGCUGAAUAAGGUUGUAGGGUUGCCAAUAGAGAGAGGCAAGGCAGAGAGAGGGGAGCAAAGGGGAGGGAGAAUGGGAGAUGAUAAAACUCCACUGUGAGCCCUCCUGUAAGCUCAGAGCAAAGAAGCAACUGAGACCAGAGGGGUAGGGAGAGCAACGGAGCAGACAAAAAUAAAAAAGAGGACCAUCUAGACUCAGAAUCUCUGUGCGUGGACUUGUUGGGACAGUCAGUAAGCAGCACCUGAAGACAACACUGCUAUCUGUAGAGUUUUUUAACAGCAGCGAGGAGCUGCUUAUACUUCAAAGAAGCUCAAAGAGAUCAUUCUGGACCUCAUUCAUCUCCACUCUGUUUCCGUUUGCAUCCUCACCGGCCCAGACAGACUGACUUGAACGCUGACCUGCGAUCCUUUGAUGAAAGGCCAACUUCUGUGGAUCGUGCAGCCUUUCCAGCCUCCACACUGUGCUGGAGCCUGGAUCCCGUCCCCGGUGUGAGAAUUAGAGGGGGGUGGGGGGAGAGAACAUUGCCAUCCAUCUCCAGCCCACCCUCAGCUUUUUGGACGCCCCUCCUCUCUGCCUCUUCUUUUGCCCCCUGUACACCCCUCAUCCCCUCACCCCACCCCCUCCAACACCUCACCCCCCAACAGAGCAGAAAGCGUGAAAAAUCUCACUAAUGGGUUUAUUUGCUGUCAGAUCUGCGCCGAUCUGUCAUUCCCUUGGACCAUUCUGCUUGACACAUUUCAUAGUUGAGUAAGCCUCCUUGGCUUUCUGGCUAGCCCCUGCAACGCUGUGCUGGCUGAGAGCUCAUCAAGAGGGGGGUGGGGGGGGUGGGGGGACACGGUGGUAGCAGUCAGUCUGACAGUCUCUUGGACAAGGAGUCCCUGAAGCUGCAUUCCUCCAGUUUCCUUCUCCACGCUUGUGCUUGUGAGCCUCGUGGGCAUCCUCAGCUUCUGUCCAAACCACACGACUGGUCCUCUCCCUCCCAGCAAGAUUUGGCCUGUUUCUGCAGGGACUCUGGUGCUGACUGAAAAAGCGUGAAGAUGUGGUGCAGGGCUGGGCCUCUGGCCGUGGUGGCUGCAGUGUUUUGGACUCAGUGCGUCCUUCUGCAUGGGGUGGAUGCCAAGAAAGAGAGAAAAAGGCCAAAGGAGGCCACUCCACAACACACAGAGACGUACAAUGCAACUCUGUCCAACAGCGAAGAGGUCGGUGGAAGCAUCAAGAUUUCUGAUCAUCAGAGGGUGGAUCCACUGGGUUCAUGGAUGGAUUUUGUCAAACGACCUGUUGGAAACUUUGCCGGAAAGUGUCGCAAACGCAAACGACCCCUGCCUGGCCCACCAGGUCCACCAGGUCCUCCUGGCCCCCAGGGACCUCCUGGCUCUCCAGGGGCUGAAGUGACCCAGGAAAUUCUUCUCAAGGAGUUUAAAGAGAUGAUUAAAGAGGCUACAGAGAGGAGAGCAGCUGCACUCGACAGACAGACCAGCCCUAGCCAGCUACCUACAGUCCUCCUCACCCUGGAAGGGACGAACUCCUACCGCAGAAUAGAAGAAGCUUUCCACUGCAAGCUCAAGGGACCCGUGGUAGUGGACAAGAAGACUCUGGUGGAGCUCCAGAACUUUCAAACACCGCCUGCUAAAGGAGCCUUCCUCAGAGGGUUGGGAAUGGAUCAGUCUACUGGGAGGUUCACAGCUCCCAUCACAGGGAUCUACCAGUUCUCUGCUAAUGUGCAUAUUGAUCACAACGAGGUGAAGAGGAGUAAGAGUCAGCUCAAGGCCAGAGACAAUGUCCGGGUGUUGAUCUGCAUUGAAUCACUCUGUCACAGAUACACUUCACUGGAGAUGAUCGUUGGAUUAGAAAGUAACAGCAGGAUAUUCACAGUCAGUGUGCAGGGGCUGCUGGAGCUGCAGGCUGGUCAGUACACUUCCAUAUUCGUGGAUAACGCUGCUGGUGCUUCCAUAACAAUACAGAACGGUUCAGAUUUCAUGGGCAUGCUGCUUGGUGUAUAGACUCACCCUCGAGUAAAUCAUCCUCCAAGCUGCUCACUGCUGCCAUAUCAUUUUUUAUUUUUUAUUUUCCAUCUUUCAAUGAACUGCCUCUGAGCACCAUCAUACAAAACCAAACCACAGGGAACAUUUGAAGGAAGAAAGGCUGACAUUGACUUGACUGCUGUCAGACGGUGAAAGGACAGCGUAAGGAACUAAAGGACUGAGUUUGUUUUUCACAAUGCACUGCCUCUUCUCCCAGGAACUUGGAUGCAUGUUGCUUUACCAAUAAAAUAACCCGAAAAGGAAAUGGAGAGUAUGUUUGUUACAGUGUAUUGUUCAUGGCUGUUGAAGACCUUUGCAGUAAACCAAAUAUUUUUUUUAUUGUUCUCUGUAUUUGUUAGAAAAUCUAUGGAAUAACACAGUUGUGCAUUUAAUAUCUAUUGACAUAUUAUUUUUUUUUCUACAAUAUCUAUUGUGUACACACUCAUGAACUAUAAUUUUUUGGAUUAAAAUUCACAAUAUAUAUAUAUAUAUAUAUAUAUAUAUAUAUUGUGUAUAUAUAUAUAUAAGUAUUAUCUAUGGUACAAAGACUCUGUGAGUACACUGGAUAAGUGAUGGUAGACAGGCCUCACAUGAAUUUGUAAACUAUAUUCAGGCCCAGAAAUAUCUCAGUUUUAUAUAGAUUCUGAGCUCAAAUUUACAGCCCCUAAGACUCCAAUAAACUAACUGUUCUUGUAUUGCUGCAAUGUUUUUGGUUUGGAGAUACAUAUCUUAACACUACUUCUACUAUAUGUACUUCCCUAAAAAUAAAAUGUAAUAUAAUUUGUGAUUGCUUAACCAGGCCAAAUCUGAAAUGUUCAGUACUUUGGUUUAUGAAUACCUCAGUCAUACUUUAUUUUUAGUAUGAAUUAGCUAAUGCUAAUACACGCUAAUAUAUGCUAAAAUAAGAUGGUGAAUGCUAAAUGAUGGCACAUUAGCAUUGGCCUUUUGAGCAUGCUAGCAGGCUUAUGCUAGUAUGCACUCAAAUGAACCGUUGUGCCUAAGACUCCAGUAUUUCUUUACAUUUUUUUUAUCAAGAUGCCAAUACAAUGGUUUUUUGUCAGUGAAACAUGGGUAACUUAGAUUAAAGAUGUCUUAUUAUGUUUUCUUUUAUUUGUUUUCCAUUUUCUUAGUGAGUUAAAGCUUUUUUAUGCAUGUUAAAAGUCUCCAAAGACUAAGCCAGAAAGGAUGGGUUUGUAACAGAAAAGAAAUUUAAACUGCUAGACGUUUCAUGUAUUUUUAGUACAUAUUGUCCUAAAACACACUGGCAACAUGCUCUUUUGGUGGCUAGCUUGGUACGCCCUUAAAUCUCUUGUAGUCUGAGGACAUGAGCGUUUUAAGUAUCUUUAUUUUUGAUGGCAAUGUCCAGUAAGAAAAGUUUCACAUGUUGUGCAGCGCUGUCUGUAGGCCAACAGGCUUUAACUGUGUCAAAAUACAAAUUUUGACGAGCAGUCAGAAAUCACUGAAGCAAAGA